GGAUCAGUUCUCGACAGAGCUCCUACUGAGCCCUGAGCACCUGUUGAAGAGCAGCUCCACACCCAAGUGAUUGUUUGUUGGUUAUGUGCUCUAACAGCUGCCUUACUUCUCGGAGUGCUGACUCAAUGGAUUUGGGGAAAGUCACUGCGAUUUCCACGGGACAUUAAUUUAUCCCGCCACAUAAAAGCGUGGUUUUUUAUCUGCUCUGAUGUGCUGAUGUGUGUUUCUCACUUCUACAUCAGGAAUAACAGCGUUUGAAUCGUAUUUAUAGAGUUGGGGAGGGGAGAAAAAAAACAUGUCCAAACAAACGGACCAUGUCAAACGACCAAUGAACGCCUUUAUGGUUUGGUCGCGGGCCCAGAGACGGAAGAUGGCCCUUGACAACCCGAAGAUGCACAACUCCGAGAUCAGCAAGCGGCUCGGGGGCGAGUGGAAACUUCUGUCCGACUCGGAGAAAAGACCUUUCAUCGACGAGGCCAAACGUCUCCGCGCGGUUCAUAUGAAGGAGCACCCGGACUACAAGUACAGACCGCGGCGCAAGCCAAAGUCCUCAGUGAAGAAGGACAGAUAUCAGUGUAACGUGGCGUAUAACUUUGGGGAGCAGGACGCCCUAAAAGGUGUACUAACCCACCCUGAAAAGACUGCUGCUGCCGCGGUAGCUGCCGCCAGGGCGCUCCUCGGUCACUCAGUCCCCGCCAGCCCUUACCCUUACCUGGACAUACACUCCAAAAUGUCAGACCCGUUCACACACGCGUCGCUCGACUAUUCCGGACGUGUUGUUGCGUUUCCUAGAAUGGGACUCCUUGGUGCCACGCACACGCACCCUUCUCCGGGCAAUCCUACAUACAUGAUGCCCUGUAACUACCCGGCGUGGACACCUUCAGCUCCUCAUCCUCCUCCUUUAGCCUAUGUGCUCUUACCGGGGAUGCGCAAAACUCUGCACGAACCUUAUUCUGCUUUUACAGCGGCCUUGUAGGCGCCACAAGCCGCAUUGAAACUCUUAAACUUUCCCUCAGUGUGCCUGGAAACAACGCUUUUACCUGGAUCAUGCAUUCGUCAUGCAUCUCCCAAGCUUUAGGGUGUACGUUUAUAUUUUACAAUAAUAAUAAUAAUAAUAAUAAUAAUAACAAUAAUCAAACUGUCUGUGUUAUCCACAAUUCUUUUACUUCUUAUGAAGCAUUAAAACAAUUGUAUUCAAUAUUUAUAGUGAAAUGUAGACCCUUUUACCAAAGAAACAACCUCUAAUGAGCCCUAAAGUUUGACAAUAUGAAUUUAUUUUUUAUUAAUUAUUAUUUUUCUAUUUUCCAUCAGAUACAGUGGUUGAAAAUUCUAUUAGUUUACAGACAAUUAGACACUGGAUUUUAUUUGUCAUAUGCAAAGGUUGCACAGGUCCGAAAAGCAACUGCAUAAAUAAGAAGAAGUAAAUCUUAGUCAUUUAAAGAAAGCCAGUAGGAUUGAGGAAUUUUGGUAGAUGUAUUAUAAUUAAAGCUGCAAUCAAGUUUUUGCCUGAUUGGUUUGACUUUUAAGAUGCAUAAAUUUUAUUAUUAUUAUUAUUAUUAUUAUUAUUACUAUUCACAUUUGGUUUUCCCAUUUGAACUUAAUCAUAUAGAGGUCUGCAUUUGCAACUUGAUUUCAUCACUGUAAUGUACAUAAAGAAUGUAAUAAAUACAAAGUCUUA